AACCCACUUGCAAAUUCCAUUCAUGAAUUGUUGAAUAGGGAUCAUUUCAAUAGCCAAACCCAAACUUGUCGUCAUUGAACCAUGUCGGGUGUACCCGACCAGCGAACCAAUGUAGCGACGGGUGACGCCGUCCGACGAAUGAACCGGGCACGCCUUUCAUUGUUGGCUGUUUGAUACACUGCUACUUACCUUGGCUGCCUCCCUCACUGGAACUUCAUACACCGUAGGGGAAAGACGUACGGAAUACACCUGCCGGCGAACAUGGAAUUAAUACGCUGACAUUUCGGAAACAUACUGUUAAAACAAUAUCCGUAUCUUAUCAUUGACUGUGAAAAUUUUGUUUUUUCCUGAAAUCGAUUUGGAUCUAACAUAUAUUCUACAAACAUAGAGCAGGUUCCCAGUUUCAAAAUGGUAUUUGUGAAGAAGACCAUUGUGUGGGCGACAAUUUUAGUGGUAGUGAGUAUGAUGUUGACAUCGACAGAAAGCUCCUCGGCCACAGAGGCAACUACAGCCGCAGUCACAACAGCUGAAGCAACAACAGCUGCAGUCACAACAGCUGAAUCAACAACAGCCGCAGUCACAACAGACGCAGCCACAACAGCCGCAGUCACAACAGACGCAGUCACAACAGCCUCAGCCACAACAGCUGAAGCAACAACAGCUGCAGUCACAACAGCCGCAGUCACAACAGCUGAGGCAACAACAGCCGCAGCCACAACAGCCGCAGUCACAACAGCUGAGGCAACAACAGCUGUAGUCACAACAGAUGCAGUCACAACAGCCUCAGCCACAACAGCUGAGGCAACAACAGCUGCAGUCACAACAGCCUCAGCCACAACAGCUGAGGCAACAACAGCCGCAGCAACAACAGACGCAGUCACAACAGCCUCAGCCACAACAGCUGAGGCAACAACAGCUGCAGUCACAACAGCCGCAGCGACAACAGCUGAGGCAACAACAGCUGCAGUCACAACUGCCGAGGCAACAACAGCUGCAGUCACAACAGACGCAGCCACAACAGCUGAGGCAACAACAGCCGCAGCCACAACCGCCGCAGCCACAACAGGCGAGGCAACAACAGCUGCAGUCACAACAGCCGCAGUAACAACAGCCGCAGUCACGACACCUGAGGCCACAACAGCUGCAGUCACAACAGCCGAGGCAACAACAGCCGCAGUCACAACAGCUGAGGCCACAACAGCCGCAGCCACAACAGCUGAAACAACAACAGCCGAGGCCACAACAGCCGCAGCCACAACAGCUGAAGCAACAACAGCGGAGGCCACAACAGCUGCAGUCACAACAGCCGCAGUCACAACAGCUGAGGCCACGACAGCUGAGGCCACAACAGCUGCAGUCACAACAGCCGAGGCCACAACAGCCGCAGCCACAACAGCUGAGGCAACAACAGCCGCAGUCACAACAGCUGAAUCAACAACAGCCGCAGUCACAACAGCUGAGGCCACAACAGCCGCAGCCACCACUGCUGAAGCCACAACAGCUGCAGUAACAACAGAUGAGGCAACAACAGUCGCAGCCACAACAGCUGAAGCAACAACAGCCGCAGUCACAACAGCUGAGGCAACAACUGCCGCAGUCACAGCAGCUGAGGCCACAACAGCCGCAGCCACAACUGCUGAAGCCACAACAGCUGCAGUAACAACAGCUGAGGCAACAACAGCCGCAGCAACAACAGCCGCAGUCACAACAGCUGAGGUCACAACAGCCGCAGCCACCACUGCUGAAGCCACAACAGCUGCAGUAACAACAGCUGAGGCAACAACAGCCGCAGCUACAACAGCCGCAGUCACAACAGCUGAGGCUACAACAGCCGCAGUCACAACAGCUGAGGCAACAACUGCCGCAGUCACAACAGCUGAGGCCACAACAGCCGCAGCCACAACAGCUGAAGCCACAACAGCUGCAGUCACAACAGCUGAGGCCACAACAGUCGCAGCCACAACAGCUGAAGCAACAACAGCCGAGGCAACAACAGUUGCAGUCACAACAGCCGAGGCCACAACAGCCGCAGUCACUACAGCUGAGGCCACAACAGCCGCAGCCACAACAGCUGAAGCCACAACAGCUGCAGUUACAACAGCUGAAGCCACAACAGCUGAGGCAACAACAGUCGCAGCCACAACAGCUGAAGUAACAACGGCCGAGGCCACAACAGUUGCAGUCACAACAGCAGAGGCCACAACAGCCGCAGCAACAACAGCUGAGGCAACAACAGUUGCAGCCACAACAGCUGAAGCAACAACAGCCGAGGCCACAACAGCUGCAGUCACAACAGCUGCAGUCACAACAGCUGAAGUCACAACAGCUGAGGCCACAACAGCCGCAGCCACAACAGCUGAAGCCACAACAGCUGCAGUCACAACAGCAGAGGCCACAACAGCCGCAGCAACAACAGCUGAAGCAACAACAGCCGAGGCCACAACAGUUGCAGUCACAACAGCAGAGGCCACAACAGCCGCAGCCACAACAGCUGAGGCAACAACAGCUGUAGUCACAACAGCCGAAGCCACAACAGCCGCAGUCACAACAGCUGAAGCAACAACAACCGAGGCCACAACAGUUGCAGUCACAACAGCUGAGGCCACAACAGCCGCAGCAACAACAGCUGAAGCAACAACAGCCGAGGCCACAACAGCCGCAGCCACAACAGCUGCAGUCACAACAACUGCAGCCACAACAGCCGCAGUCACAACAGCCGCAGUCACAACAGCUGAGGCCACAACAGCUGUCGCAACAACAGUCGCAGCCACAACAGCUGAAGCAACAACAGCCGAGGUCACAACAGCUGAGGCCACAACAGCCGCAGUCACGACAGUUGAGGAAACAACAGCCGCAGCCACAACAGCAGAAGCCACAACAGUUGCAGUCACAACAGCUGAGGCCACAACAGCCGCAGUCACAACAGCUGAGGCCACAACAGCCGAAGCCACCACAGCUGAAGCAACAACAGCUGAGGCUACAACAGCCGCAGCCACCACAGCCGCAGUUACAACAGUUGAGGCCACAACAGCCGCAGCCACCACAGCCGAGGCAACGACAGUAGCUGCAACAACAGUAGCAGCAACAACAGUUGCAACCUCAACAGCUGCAGUCACAACAGCUGAGGCAACAACAGCAGAGGCAACAACAUCUGCAGUAACAACAGCCGCAGCUACUACAGCUGAAGCCACAACAGUCGCAGUCACAACAGCUGGAGCAACGACAGCCGCAGUCACGACAGCUGAUGCCACAACAGCUGAGGCCACAACAGCUGCAGCCACAACAGCUGAGGCCACAACAGUCGCUGCAACAACAGCCGAGGCAACAACAGCCGCAGUAACAACAGCUGCAGUCACAACAACUGAGGUAACAACAGCCGCAGUCACAACAGACGCAGCCACAACAGCAUCAGUCACAACAGCCGCAGUCACAACAGCUGAGGCAACAACAGCCGCAGUCACAACAGACGCAGCCACAACAGCAUCAGCCACAACAGCCGCAGUCACAACAGCAUCUGUAACAACAGCAUCUUUAACAACAGCUGAAGCAACAACCGCAGCAGUAACAACAGCUGGGGCCACAACAGUUGCAGCCACAACAGCCGAGGCAACAACAGCCGCAGCCACAACAGCCGAGGCAACAACAGCCGCAGUAACAACAGCUGCAGUCACAACAGCUGAGGCAACAACAGACGCAGCCACAACAGCAUCAACCACAACAGCCGCAGUCACAACAGCAUCUGUAACAACAGCAUCUUUAACAACAGCUGAAGCAACAACCGCAGCAGUAACAACAGCUGGGGCCACAACAGUUGCAGCCACAACAGCCGAGGCAACAACAGCCGCAGUCACAACAGCCGAGGCCACAACAGCUGCAGUAACGACAGCCGCAGCCACAACAGCUGGGGCCACAACAGUUGCAGCCACAACAGCC